UUUACAUAUUCAAUCUUUCGCAUAUUCUUCAUAUUCAAUCUUUUCGACUUAUCAAUAUGGAGCCACCAAUCGUUUAUUACCCUCGUUCCGAAUACAUCGAAACAGACACCGGUAAUAAAGUAAGUCGUAAGUCUGUAAUCUGUGGAAGUCAAAAUAUCAUACUGGGUGGAAAGACUAUUAUCCAAACUGAAUGCGUUAUCAGAGGGGAUUUGAGACGUACUGGAGGUGGUCAUGCUGUAGUUGUUGCCAUUGGUAGAUAUUGUCUUCUGGCAAGAGGAAGCAUUAUUCGACCCCCGUAUAAAACAUACAAAGGAAUAUUCAGUUAUUACCCUAUGAAAAUAGGAGAUCAUGUAACUAUUGGAGAAGGAAGUAUUGUUGAAGCAGCAACAAUAGGUUCUUUUGUACAUAUUGGAAAAAACUGUGUAAUUGGUAGAUUUGCAAUCAUAAAAGAUUGUUGUAGAAUUGAAGAUAACACAGUAAUACCACCAAAUACAGUUGUGCCUUCUUUCUCAAUUUACGAAGGAUCUCCUGGCGUAUUUGUCGAUGAAUUACCAGAAUGCGUACAAGAUCUUUAUGAAUCAAAGACAAAAGAUUAUUAUGCUAAAUUUCAACCAAAAGAUUGAAACGAUAACCAUCGCCGUCCGAAUCAUAAUAGAAAUUAUUAUCAUCAAAAUUUAGAUAAUUCAAAUUUUUCAACAGGACAGCCAGCGAAUGACAAUCCAUUUUUACUUAACAUUUUAUUAAUGUUUGUCGUAAUUGUACAAGCUAUAUUAGUUCGUAAAUUAUUCUUUGAUACACCACAGUAUGCAACAAAGGCAGCACCAUCAACAUCAUCUACAACAGCAUCAUCCUCUCCUUCAUCAGCAUCUUCAUCGGCAUCUUCAUCUGCUACCCCAUCCACAACAAUUGAAGUUGCAUCAUCUUCAAGGACAACAACAAAGACAAUAAAUAAUAAAGCUUUAAUAACAUUGUCGCCCAUUAACCUCUAAAUUAAUUUUACUUUAUUUCUUGGCUGUUUUUUUUUUUAUUUCUAAUAUUGUAAAUUCUUUUUUUUUAAUGUGCAUUUUUUUUGCAUUUAUUUUCAUUAAUAAAGCGAAAUUCUAUUGAAAGU